AUGGCCGACCAGUACGCAGACGCUAAGGCUCACCUCAAGGAGCACGGCUGGGCCCGGCUGCCGGGCAUCCUCUCAAAGGAGGAGGCCGCUUCCAUCCUCGACCGGCUCUGGAAGGCCAAGGAGGCCGCCGAGCAGCGCGGCGACCCUACCUUUAUCCCCUUUAUCGACCCCAACGAGCACAACGUGCGCGUCUUCUAUCUCAUGGAGCUGGACAAGAUCUUCCGCGACCUGGUCGCCCACACCACGGCGAUCGACAUGGUCAAGUCGGUCCUGGGCGAGAGCUUCCUCAUCUCCAACUUCACGGCCAACAUUGCCCGCCCGGGCUCGCGCAGCAUGUGCCUCCACUCGGACCAGAGCAUCGUCUUCCCGGCCCCCUGGACCGACGUCAACGCGCUCAACAUCAUCUGGUGCCUCAACGACGUCGACGAGGAGAACGGGGCGACGCGCUACAUCCCGGGCUCCAACAAGUGGACGACGCGCGACGACAUCCCCGCCGACGCCCCGCGCCGCCUGGUUCCCUUCGAGGGCAAGGCCGGCGACGUCAUCGCCAUGGACGGCCGGCUGUGGCACACGAGCGGCACCAACACGUCCAAGGACCGGGACCGGGCCCUGCUCUUUGGCUACUACACGGCGCCCUACGUGCGGCAGCAGGUCAACUGGACUGCCAAGCUGCCCAAGGAGCUGCAGGACGAGAUGGACCCCCAGAUGAAGGAGUGGCUCGGGCUCAACGUCCAGGCCAACUACGGCGUCACUGGAGACGCCAGGUACCUCGAGGUGCAGUUCCCCGACUUUGCAGAGAAGGAGGCUGUCAAGGCCGCCUAG